UAAACUGGUAGAGAAGUCGCUCCUGUUCAGCCGCGCGGAUUAACGUUCUCAUUAUAAACAGUAGGAGUUACAAUGAGUCUUUCUGCUGUUUGUUUUCUGGGCAACGAGAAACUUUAGGAGAAAAUCCACGCUAAAGGCUGAUGAAACCGGAUCCGUGUCGGUCCUGAAUGUCUAAACUACCAGGAAAUGCAGGUGUCUCGCUGCUCGGGGACAAGUCCUUGGACUUCUACCGGGACCCGGUGAUCUUCUGCCAGCAGCGGAUUGACAAACACCGCAGCAGGUUGUUCCAGGAGCGCCUGCUGAACAGACCGACAGUCUUCGUCUGCUCGGUGGAGGGGAUGCGAGAGCUGCUCUGUGAAAAAUCCAACAUAUUUCUGAAGGAUCCCACGGAUUUAAUGACAAACAUGUACGGAGACACAGUUGUCACCACUAACGGUGAGGAGGCCUGCCUCCUCCGCCUGUCUCUCAACAACCUUUUCUCAGGAACACGUCUGGAAUCCUCGGCUGACUACAUCUCUAGUGUCUGUGAACGCUGCUUAAAGGACCUCUCUCUCAGUGGGCAGCCACAGUGUGUUUACACCGUCUUUAAGCGUCUGGGGACAGAGUUGGUGUUGGGUCUUUUCCUGAACGUACGAGCCGAGGAGCAGCCUGAGGUCUUCCAGGAAAUCAUGCAACUUUGCACCGAACACUGGCAUGGUUUGAUCUCCGCUCCAGUAAGAGUGAAGGUUCCUCUUUGGACGUCCGGUUUUGCCAAGGCUCUGGACGCCAGAAGCAAACUGAUGGACAUCAUCAAGGACAAAUUAGAAAACGAUACACGGGGGUUUGUCGGCUCUUUGGGUUCACUGCCGCUUCCCAACUCCAGUUCUGCUGCCCAACAUCUCCUCCUGUUCAUCUCAGCACUCAUUCCCAAAGCUCUGGCCUCGCUGCUCACCUCCUUUACUCUGGCACUCGCAGGUCCUGAACAGAGGGAUUCCCGCCGAGAAGCCAUCCACAACCCCGAUCACCUUCACAGAGUUCUCCUUGAGGUGCAGAGACUAUGGCCGCCCUUCAUUGGUGGACGCAGAAUAGCUGAAAAGGACUGCACCCUCGCAGGCUUGUGUGUUCCUAAAGAUUAUGGCGCAGUGUAUGUCAGCUACUUCGUCCAUCGUGACCCAGAGGUGUUCCAGCAGCCUGACAGCUUCCUGCCAGAGAGAUGGAGUGGGAGGAAUGCAGGCCAGGAGCAUUUGCUGUGUUCCUUUGGCAAUGGCCCCAGAAGUUGCAUCGGUUCGACACUUACUGAUAUCUUCCUAAAGGAAGCUUGCAGAUACCUGUUAAAGAACUACGACUGGUGUUUGGACCCUACAUCACAGGACCUGGCGUACAAAUGGCUGCCCGUGUCCCGCCCCGCCAACCCUCCCAGCGUGUCCUUCGCCCGACUGGAUCAGACCAUGUUCAGCUGAGAUAACAUCGGGGACACGCAGCCUCUGGCUGUAUUGUAUCCGACGAACGCAUAUGCCUUACGUGCUGGGGGAAUUAUCUGAAGACGUGAGGAGGGAAGCCGGCAAACCAUGAGGCUUUCCCCCGUCUGUGCAUGACCCUGUAAUCAUGCCAGGGGAAGCCAAGGGGGGCGCUGGCUUCCCCUUAUCUGCUCCUCUGCCAGAUAUUCUGCAGCUUUCCUUGACUGCUCUGCAAAGGAGGGCAGGACAGAUGAGUCAUUCUUCUAUAGUGGAACUUGAAACAAGGACUCAGAAAAUGUAAUAUAUGUAUUUUUUUUAUUUUUUUUUGUCAAUCAAGGCCUUCUUAUUUUAAUGACAGCAAUCCCUGAUUGAUUCCACUUCGGUUUCUGCUAAGUCUUAAUUUGUCUGUGUGGAGGUGUGCGUGCCUGAAAUAGAAAACUCUCCGUAGCAUUAGUAUUCAUGUCGCCUCGUUCCAAGAGGAUCACACGUCACGUGCACACAUGGGAUCAUGGGUAAACCCUCAGAUUCCAUCGCCGAGUGCAAACCUGGACCCCCACCCCACCUAGCAACCACUGCUUAGCAACAGUUCGUCAUGCCCACCCUGCCUUGCCUCCUCUUUGCAUGUCUCACACGAACACACACUCUCAUGCUAUCCGGCUCAUUUUAGGAAUUUUGGAAAUCUUACGUGCAAAACCCUUAAAAAAAAUGUUUUUUAGAGAUUUUGUCUUUUUUUUUUGCUUUUUUUGUCACACUUUAAAUGUUUUGCAUCAGACUAAUCUUAAUAUAACACUAAGGUAAGAUGAGUAAAUAAAAAAAAUGCAGUUUUCAAAUUGUAAUUUUAUUCCUAAAACAAGGAAUUUUAUUCCUAAAACGGAAAAAGCCAUUUAAGCCAACGUACCCCUAUGGGAAAGUUAUUGCUCUUAACCUUUGAUGACAGCAACUUCUCUCUUUAUCUAGCUGUGGAGGAAUUUGGCAUGAUUCUUUUAUGGAGAAUUGUUUUUAUUUCAGCCAUAUUGGAAGUUUUCUGAGCUUGAACGACCUAUUUAAGGACAUUCCACAGCGUCACGAUCAGAUCUUUGUCUAUCUUUGAGUGUGCCGAGGUUGAAACCCUUCAUUUGUCUUUUGUGGUGGAUUUACUGGUGUCCUUUCGAUCAUUUUGCUGCAUAACGCCGGUGCAGCUAAGAUUAAAGUGUUGCUGUGAUGCAGUGCCGUGAUAGAUGAACCUUAUUUUUCAAGAUUUUCUGAUUGAAAGCAGAAUUCCUGGUUCCACUAAAUACAGCAAACAGUUCAGGUCCUGAAGCAGCAAAGUAGUCCCAUACCAUCACGCUACCGCCACAUUUAUCUGUCUAUAUGAUACACAUUUUCUGAAAUGCUGUUAGUUUUAUAAUAGUUAUUAUAAGACUUGCUUCUUCCAAAGACUUGUCAGUUCACAGAAUGCUUCCCCAGCAGUCUCGAGGUCUUUUAGACGGCUUUUGGGGGAUUUUUUGAUCAGUAGCGGUUUCAUCCUUGGAAGUCUCCCAUGGAUGCAAGAGUCUCUUUUUUUCUUUAAAUCAUGAAUCCUGGUCUUACUUGAGUCAGUUGAGACGUGCAGAGCUUUAUGUGUAGGCCUGAUUUUUUCUGACCUCCUGGAUAAGUUAUUAAUAAACUUUUGGGAGUAAUUUCUGGUAGGCAGCUCCUGGGAAGGUUCAGGUGGUUCUUCCAUGUUUUCUUCUGUUGCACCGAUUGUGCUUUGCUGGAGCUUUAUCAGUUCUUGAAGUUCUUUAAACGUGUGCA